AUGGCCAUCCAGUAUGCUUCCUCAUCGCCCUCCUACCUCAUCCUCCUCUCCCGUCAGGGCAAAGUGCGCCUGGCAAAGUGGUUCACCACCCUAUCGCCUAAGGAGAAGGCCAAGAUUGUCAAGGAUGUCUCCCAGCUGGUUCUCGCACGCCGAACCCGCAUGUGCAACUUCCUGGAGUAUAAGGACUCCAAGAUCGUCUAUCGCCGAUAUGCAUCGCUCUUCUUCAUCGCCGGAUGCGCCUCGGAAGACAACGAGUUGAUCACCCUUGAGAUCAUCCACCGCUACGUUGAGCAAAUGGACAAGUACUACGGAAACGUGUGCGAGCUGGAUAUCAUCUUCUCCUUCACCAAGGCAUACUACAUCCUGGACGAGCUGUUGUUGGCCGGAGAGCUGCAGGAGAGCAGUAAAAAGAAUGUGUUGCGCUGUAUAUCGCAACAGGACUCGCUCGAGGAUAUGGAGUACCUACCACUUCAAGAUUUCGACGCCGUCACUGGCGCUCUCAACUUCAACACCCCCGAUUGCAAUGUUACCGGCGGCUGCGAUCUAUACACCACGAAGUCGACCGGAUCCGAUAAGAAGCUCUACAAGAAUAUCGACAAGGACCUGAACUCGCAACAUGCGGCGCUGCUCAAGCUGGGUGCCAGCUUGUCACCGCCGGAUCGCGAGGCCAUGCUGGCGACGUCACCAAACAUGCAAAUGUUCUCACACUCGAGCGCGUUUGGUCCUCUGUCCGAACUGUCAAGUCGUCGCACCUUCGCUUAUCUCAUUGCAACGCUGAACGCAAGUCACCAACAUUACGACUUCUCCCACGUUUUGAGACCAGGCGACUUCAAAAAGGAGAGAAAUCUGCGACGCGUCAUGGGAAACCUGGACUCGAUCUUGCAGAAUGUGCGACCACAUGUUGAAGCUCAUCCGGUCGAGCAGGCCACCUCUUCAGAGACCAAGGCGGUCUGGGGCCCACAAUGCUGGGCCAAGAUCGAUAAUGAGAUGCGCCUCAACGAGUGCACAAUUUUCAGCUACAACCCGGAUGUCGACCCCUUUGAGGAGGACGAGUCGGCCAUCUGGGCGGCGCACUACUUCUUCUUCAACCGCGCCUUGAAGCGUGUCGCCUAUCUUUACGUGCGCGUCGUCCCCGUCGUCUCAUCACAAUCACCGCGCCUGCAACCGGCGCUCCCGGGCUCCUUCAAGCGGCCGCGGAGCACUCAGUUUGAUGCACUGGGUGCGAACAAGCGCGCCAAGUACUGGCUUGGCGACCGCGAUGCUGAGAUCAUUGCCCCUUAUGAGGACGAUGAAGAGCAAAGCGACGGCUUCCUCUGGAACCGAGGAGCCGACGGUGAUUUGGUCCCCUUUUCCGACGACGACUACACAGAGGAGCGCUUCUUCUACGAUGAAGACGAUGACGAGGAGAGCAUUUCCGACCGGAAGAGCCCAGUACGGCGCAUGAGCGAGGACGUCGUGGCCCACAUGGAGAUCUAA